AUGGCUUUGCUAGAGAACGUGCACUGGGCUUCCGUAGUCUCUGAAGAAGAGGAAGGAGAUGUCAUGGACCUGGAUGAACAAAUCGCAAUCUGUUCCUGCAUUGGAGUUCAAAGAUUCAAGAUCCUCGAAGUUGAGCAAUUGAAGCCGUUUCCUGUGGCGAGGGUCCAGCUAUUCGCAGAUGAGCUGGUUAAGGAAGAGGAAGCUAAGCUCGAGACAGUUGAAAAGCUCGCAAUGGAGACCGCACAGGAGGUGAUGGGUCCACUCGGACCUAUGGGCUUCAAAUUAGGAGAACGAGAAAGACGAGAGUUUCUCUCUUUCGCCCUUGCAGACCUGCAGAACGUCCCAGUGGUCGUGAGAUACGAUAUCUUGAAAUGCAGAUCCACCAUCUCUCGAUUCAAAAGAGUGGCAGAGAUGAUGAGACCGGCACUGAACGAGCUUGCUGCCAAAGCAUCUUUGAAAGACUUGAAGGAAGCACCUGACACUUGA